AUUAUCCACGGACCCAACGAGGCCCAAUGACAAGUGACAACACAGCAGACACACCAAAAAACACGCGUGCCGGGCCGGGUAAAUCUUAAAAUCUACACAACACAGUACACAGAUUUCUUGGAACAGUUACUGAUCCGCAAGAAAAAAAACACAAACUUUUAUUUCAAACGAAGACGCAGAUCAACAGACUACAGAAUCGUUUUUGGACGUGUAUCACGCGGCCUGGCGGUUAGACGAUAAUCACGUGGCCUGACUGUUUGUAGUAGCUUUCGUCCGAAAUUAAAGUUUUUCUCACGAAAUCAUGGGAGACACUGAAGACAAUCCUCCGAAAACUAUCCAAAUGAACUGUUUUACCGAAGCAUGGUUAAAAUCAUUAGAUGUGUACAUUAAUGAGCCAGCAGUGAACAAAAGCGUGCGACAAAUAGUUUAUUUAGCUACCACAAUAACAGGAACCAAUAAAGUGGCCUGGUUACUGAAGGCAAUAAGUUUCAUCGAUUUAACUACUUUGGGUAACGACGACACGAGCAGCACCGUGGAAGAAUUGUGUAAAAAUGCUGCAAAUCCCAUAAAGAAACUGCCAUUCCAAUGGGAUAAGCCACUUCACACUGCCGCUGUUUGUGUUUAUCCGUCCAAAAUAAAAGAUGCAAUAUCUACCUUAAAGAAAUUGAAAAGGGAUAACGUGAUUAAGAUUGCUAGUGUGGCGGCUGGAUUUCCUUCCGGACAAUACCCAUUGGAGACUCGAUUGCAAGAAGUGCGCUGUGCGAUACAAUAUGGAGCGCAGGAGAUAGAUGUUGUGAUCGACCGAUCGUUAGUCUUGAGCCACGAAUGGCUGAAGCUGUACGAGGAGCUGUCAGCUAUUCGUUCAGUUUGCAACGAGGUGAACAGUGCAGUGCAGCUGAAGGUUAUACUAUCAUCGGGGGAAUUAUUCAAUUUGAAAGACGUGUACAGGACGUCUAUGAUAGCUUUGUUUGCCGGCGCUGAUUUCAUCAAGACGUCCACAGGGAAAGAUGCGGUUAAUGCGACAUUGCCAACCGGCAUUGUUAUGUGUAGAGCGAUAAAGGAGUACCAAAGACUGACCUCGAAGAAGAUCGGCUUUAAACCUGCCGGCGGCAUUAAGACUGCACAAGAGGCUCUGGAAUGGAUGGCCUUGAUCAAGGAAGAAUUGGGAAAAGAUUGGUUGAGAAACGAUCGUUUCAGAAUUGGUGCAUCCUCUUUAUUGCAAGACAUUAGCACUGAAAUUAUCAAAACAUACGAAGCCACGCUUGAAAAAUCACAGGAGGCCAGUGAAGAAAAGAUAUCUAGCGUUAAGAAAGAAGAAAAAAAAGAGGACUCAAAAAAUUAGAUUCGACGAAUAUACAGUCAUGAAAUAUUUUUGUAUCGUUUCUAUAUUUAUAUAUUCGCAGUUUUGAAAGUAAUCUUUCCGUGUGUUAACAAAUCUAAAUAAAUUUUAUUUCAUAAUGCUCUAAGAAUUUAACUGAUUUAAAAAAAUUUACUCGAAGCUAAGAUCGAUUUAAAUUUUAAUUGUAUAAAUUAGAACGAAAUUGUAGACGCGAUUGCUCUCUGAAAAGCUAACAGGAAAGAAUCUCUUGUGAAUCGAUCGAUAAAUUAUGCGAAGUUAUAUAAACCAGAUAACGAAUGUAAGAGAGAACACAAUAUGCCAUAUGUUGAUAUCAAUACGUAUAGCAAUUAUGUGCGCUUGCUAAUAAAGUUACUAAACCUUUCAA